CUUUCAAACAUUUGCCCACCCCCUUAUUCAAGCUUGGCCGAUGUCAAAGAUUUGGCCUUAGGGAUUGUACAUUACUUACAAUAGUAAUAAUAAUAUGUGAUGCAUGUCUGGGCCAGACUGGAGACAGAAAACCGACAAACUGGACUCAAACUGGCGAGCAGAACAGGCAGACCAAGAGACUGAAUACAAGCCAAAACCAGAAGAAGACGCUCCACCUGCACCGGCCAUAAUCAACUUUAUGACUGAGAUAAGCAGGAUAAACCUAAUUAUGAAGUGGCCGAUUGUUGCAAGUCUGGCCCUACUUUUAGUCGGCCAAGUUAGCGCUCAGGAAAUGCCCUACGAGCAUCUGUUGGCCCAGCUCCAAGAAUGUCCAAAAGAGUGCCGCUGCUCCCCAAACGUCCCUAAUGCUGUUUACUGUGAAAACAAGAGCCUGAAAUACAUCCCCACCAUCCCUCCCUACACCUGGUAUCUGUACCUCCAGAACAACCUGAUCGAAGGGCUCUCAUCCGAGGCUCUGCGCAACGCCACACAGUUGAGGUGGAUCAACCUCAACCGCAACAAAAUCACAACCGUGGAGGCUGACGCUCUCAAGAAUUUACCCAACCUUGUACACCUCUACAUGGAGGACAAUUUGUUGAGUACCAUUCCAUCUCCUCUGCCCGGCAGCCUCGAACAGCUACGGCUUUCCCGGAACAAAAUCUCAAAGAUCCCACCCGGAGUCUUCUCGGGGAUGGACCGUCUCACCUUGCUGGAUCUGCAAAGCAACAAGCUGCAGGAUGACGCGGUGACUGAGGUCAACCUGAAAGGUCUUAGCAACUUGAUCCAGAUUAAUUUAGCGAAGAAUCAGUUAAACAGCAUGCCCCUCGGCCUACCACCAACAACCAGCCAGAUCUUCCUGGAUAGCAAUAACAUUGAAAAGAUUCCCGCUGAGUACUUCAAGGGUCUUCCAAAGGUGUCAUCUCUCAGGCUUAACCGUAAUAAGCUGGCUAAUGGAGGCAUCCCAAAAAAUGUCUUUAACCUUUCUAGCAUAUUGGAUCUACAGCUCUCCUACAACCAGCUCACUGAGAUGCCUGUCAUCUCCUCUGGCUUGGAGCACCUGCAUCUGGAUCACAACAGGAUCAAAAGUGUGAAUGGCUCUGACGUUUGUCCACCUGGUGCACUCGAAGACUACUACAAUGACAACGGCCCUCGUCUGCGCUACCUUCGCCUUGAUGGGAACGAAAUCAAGCCUCCCAUUCCACGAGAUCUGAUGAUGUGUUUCCGUCUCCUCAGGGCGGUUGUCAUAUAAAGGCGUGACACAGGACACCUGUGAGACACUCCUGUCCAUAACAUCUACCAGAACUGAAUGGGAAUGGAAACAAUGGUACAGUGAUACAAAAAAUUGUCUAAGAAAUUAAACUCUGUUAGUUCCCUGCUAAAGACACUAAUGUAUUUUCAGCCUGGACCGGGACCGUUUAUGGUAGUCAAUGAUAUUCCGGUGGUGGGCUAGCUAGCGGACUAGCCUACCCUGCUGAAAAAACAGCAUCAAACCAGGAUGGGAAUUAUGCUGGUCUAUGCUGGUUUAGCUGGUGGUCACCAGCAUACCAGCACCAAAACACAACAUAUGCUGGUCUUGCUGAUAUGACAAGCAUGGGAUGUUGGUGCUAAUGCUGGUUUGGUGCUGGUUUAGCUGGUGCUACAGCUGGUGCUGAUGCUGGUUUAGCUGGUGUUUACUAGCAAACCAGCACCAAAACACAACAUAUGCUGGUCUUGCUGGUAUGCUGUUUUUUUCAGCAGGGUAGCCAUAAUUUAACCACCUGUUUUGGCAUAGCUGGUUAAAUCAAUAAGAACACCAAGCAUUCCAUGCUGGAAAACGGCAUCCAAAACACUCAUAUGUCUUUUCAGCAGGUUAUAGAUCCAGACUGGUGUAUUUAAUGGUUCCUUAUGUUUUGUAAAACCACAGUGCCUUCCUUUAUUUUAUACGUAUGAAAAACUAGCAAGUCUGCUCAAUGAGAAACCAUAACUGUUAAAUGUACAUUCCAGCAAAUAUCUAACUAAUGUAAUUUCCCUAUCCUGUGUAGACAUUCAGCAAAUACAGCAUUACCGCAAAACCAGUUUUACAGUCAUCACACAUUUCUGGGAUGUUUUUGGACAGUAGAGAUGUGGUCUGAUUAUAAAAACAGAUUUUUGUGAACUUCUAGUCAGAACAGCAGCAAUAGAUUAGAUCAAAUUUUUAUGUCAUACGUUGUUGACUUUUAUUUUAAGCUACUUGCUUUUAAAAAACUGUGAGAUUAUUCCUACAAUUAAAUUUUUUUUUGUACAGUCAAUGUUUUCUCUAAGAGUUUUUUAUAGAUUAACUAUUGUUAUUCUUUUAGAGAGAAGCAGCAGUUUUGGUACUCAGAUAAUGUGAAUGUUUAAUCGUACAUAUAUUUUGUACUGACCACGGUAAACCUACUAGCAAUUAAAAAUAAUUUUAAUAGGGGUAAAAUAUUGUACAUUUUCUUUUUAAACGCACAAAUAUGAUAACCUUUGUUUUUCAUUUUAUUCGCAAUCAUCCUUGUGGGAAGAGAUAUGCAGCGAUUAAUGUCAGGAUGAGAUUCACUUCUGUUUGCUGUUUUUAAAUAAAAUGUUUUUAUGA